CACCGUCACUUCCAUUCAUCUCGUACACUCACAACACUGAACACACUUCGCAGCAACUAAGUGCAGAGAAAUGAGUGGUCGAAUAACGUCGCACCAGCUCAGCAAUGGGCUCUACGUGUCGGGGCGGCCGGAGCAGGUCAAGGAGCGCCAGCCCACAAUCGCUUCGCGCGCCAUUCCUUACACCGGCGGCGACGUUAAGAAGUCCGGUGAGCUCGGCAAAAUGUUUGACAUCCAUGUCCUCGAUCCCACAUCCAAUGCUCCCCCACCUCCCCCCAAAAUAUCCCGUCUCUCCUCCUCCUCCUCCCAACACAACAGCGGAUCGGUCCGAUCCGGCAUCAACUCCGGCACGAUCCCGAAGAAAUCCUCGGGCCCGAUUCCGCUCCAGCCCACCGGGCUUAUCACCUCGGGUCCCAUAGGGUCCGGUUCUCUCCUAGGAUCCUCCACGGGUAGGGGGUCUUCGACUCACUUGGAGUCUGCCGGGAAGGCGGUGUACGGUCCAGCAGUGACGAGCUUGUCGGCAGAGAAGUUAAGUGGAGCGGGGUCUAUAGCGGUGCCUAAGGUGGCUGUGUGGGUGGUGGUGGUAGUGGUGGCGAUGGGGUUGCUGGUGGGGGGCUUUUUGAUGGCGUCGGUGAAGAAGGCGGUGGUGCUGGUGGCAGUCGGUGGCGUGGUGUUGCCUGCGGUGGUCGUGGUAGUCACUUGGAACCUUACUUGGAGGGAGAGAGGUUUGCUCGGGUUUGCUCGGAGGUACCCUGAAGCUGAACUCCGAGGUGCUGUUCAUGGACAGUACGUCAAGGUUACCGGGGUUGUAACCUGUGGCAGUAUUCCUUUGGAGUCAUCAUACCAGAGGGUAUCAAGGUGUGUAUAUGUUUCUACAGAAUUGUACGAGUAUAAAGGAUGGGGUGGAAAAUCUGCAAAUCCUAAACACCGUUGUUUUUCAUGGGGAUCUAGACAUACAGAGAAAUAUGUUGCUGAUUUUUACAUAUCAGACUUCCAAUCUGGGUUAAGAGCACUAGUUAAAGCAGGUUAUGGGGCUAAGGUUGCUCCAUUUGUCAAACCAGCAACUGUAGUCGAUGUAACAAAGGAAAACAGAGACAAAUCUCCAAGCUUUUUACAAUGGCUAGCCGACCGCAGCCUCUCUACCGAUGAUCGUAUAAUGCGCCUCAAAGAAGGGUAUAUAAAAGAAGGGAGCACUGUGAGUGUGGUGGGGGUUGUCCAACGCCAUGAAAAUGUGCUUAUGAUUGUUCCACCCACAGAGCCUGUCUCAACAGGCUGUCAGUGGAUCCGUUGCCUCCUUCCAACCUAUGUGGAAGGACUGAUUUUGACAUGCGACGACAAUCAAGAUGCUGACGUGGUCCCCGUGUAAAAAUCUUGGAUUUCCUUUAUGUUUUGAUGAUGUUAAAAGUAAAAUAUUGGUAGGGCAGAACUGAUUGAAGCGUGCCACAACGCCUGAUCAUUCUAUUCUUUCCUGUUCAAAUGAUGUGUAAGGAAGUUGCCAUCGAAGAUGCUGAAAUUGGAAGUUGGAAUUUUGAUGCUGCAAGGAUGCCAUGGAUAUAUAUGAUGUGGUAAAAGCUGGAAGAUGUAUUGUGAGGAAGCUGCACAUUUGAUUUUUGCUAAUUUUGUUUUGUACAUAAGUUGUUGUUGAGUUGCCUUGCGUCAUUAUGAGUGGGUUUAGACUCAUAUUCUACCACGGAAAUUAAAAUUACCAGUAUGUACGUUUCAGCAUCUGAUUUUAAAUUUGUUUUAAUUUAAAGAAGUGUGAAACCUCAAUAUUCUUCUA